AUGGGUUCCAACAGCGGCAGAACAACCAAGCUCCCCUUGGUUCCGCUGCCCAAAGGAUCGGUCCUACUUCCUGGCAUUACGCUACGGAUUCCUGUAUCGAAUCGCCCGGAUCUCGCCAAUUUACUGUCGACAAUCGUUGAUCGAUCGGCCGUGGCGAAGCGCGAUGGAACGCCUAUCACCUUCGGAUGCGUUCCCCUCAGCUCACCUUAUCUGAGCAAGGACGGUCAGCGACUCAUCGAUGACGGAAGCUUGGAUGAUGACCGGAGGGAGGAGUUUGAGAUGAUUGAUGCUGGACAAGCCAGAAAGGAGGAUCUGUUUCGUCAUGGUACCGUUGGUAAAGUGAUUGGUAUCCAGCGCCGUGCCUAUUCGGAGCCGGCUCUCGUGGUCCAGGGUGUCCAGCGGUUCACUGUUAGGCGCGUCUUGAAGGAAAGGCCGUACUUUGAGGCUGAAGCUAUUGUUCAUGAUGAGAAAGAAACAGUCUCCGGCGAUGCUGAAACAGUAGAGUUAUUCCAACAGCUGCGACAACUAUCUCGCGAGCUCCUGACCUUGCUGCGAUUGUCUUCCUUACUACCUUCUCCUGGAAGCCGCCUUUCGCCACUCAUUGCCCGGAAGUUCGAACUGUUCAUUACCAAGUCAGAUGUCUCCCAUGCGGGUAGACUGGCCGAUUUCAUGGCGGAUGUCGCCGACUCCGGCUUCGAAGAAAAGCUUCGGAUCUUAGCAUCGCUUGACGUCAAGAUCAGACUAGAGAGAGUUGUCGAGAUUCUAACUAGGCAAUUACAGAGCAUCAAGAGCAAUGUGAAGGUCACUACAAUCACUACCAACAGCUUUCCUAGCUCUGGGUUCGAUAUUAACCAGAUCGAUCCUCGUGACCGUGAGAUUCUGGCAAGGAAGGCGAUGGCUGGUCUCAGCGGACUGACACCACCCGGGUUGUCAGCCGGUCGAAACAAUGACAACGAUGACAAGGAAUCAAACGAGGUCGAUGAGCUGCAGCAGAGGCUGCAAGAGGCCCAGCUCAGCCCUGAGGCUAGAAAGGUUGCCGACAAGGAGCUGCGACGUCUUCGUAAGAUGAACCCGGCAAAUGCUGAGUACGGUGUCUGCCGGACCUACCUCGAAAAUAUCGCGGAUAUUCCAUGGACUAAGAUGACCGAGGACCAGCUUGGACCGGAGACAUUGAAGAGGGUUAGGAAGCAGCUAGACGAUGACCACUAUGGUCUGGAGAAGAUAAAGAAGAGGCUCCUUGAGUACUUGGCCGUGCUCCGACUGAAGCAGUCUACCAACAGAGACGUUGAGCGCCAGAUUGAGUCCUUGUCGAAAGAGCUUGAGGCGUCCGAUGGAGGCGACCUCGAGAAGGAGGUACCUGUAUUGUCCGAAACGGAUCGAGUCGCUGUUGAGACCAAGCUGCAUAUGCUGAAGACUCGUCGCAUGGGCGACAAGUCACCCAUCCUCCUGCUUGUUGGACCACCAGGCGUUGGUAAGACCAGCUUGGCACGGUCAGUGGCCUCAUCGCUCGGUCGCAAGUUUCACAGGAUCUCUCUGGGUGGCGUAAGGGACGAGGCUGAAAUCCGAGGCCAUCGCCGGACCUACGUUGCUGCGAUGCCGGGACUGAUUGUCAGUGGUCUCAAGAAGGUCGGCGUUGCCAACCCAGUAUUCUUGCUCGACGAGAUUGACAAGGUCGGAGGCGCCAAUUUCCAAGGUGAUCCAUCAGCAGCCAUGCUCGAGGUCCUGGAUCCUGAGCAGAACCAUACAUUUUCGGAUCACUACAUCAACAUUCCCAUUGACCUGAGCAAGGUGCUCUUCAUUGCCACUGCCAACUCUUUGGACACUAUCCCGGCACCUCUACUUGACCGGAUGGAAACCAUCUCUCUGUCUGGCUACACUACGGUUGAGAAGCGACACAUUGCCAAGAGACACCUCAUUCCCAAGCAGAUCAGAGCGAAUGGGCUCUCGGAUGGCCAAGUCGUUCUGUCUGACGAGGUGAUUGACAAAGUCAUCACGUCUUACACCAGAGAGUCGGGUGUUCGUAACCUAGAGCGUGAGCUUGGCUCGGUCUGUCGAUACAAGGCCGUCCAGUUUGCGGAUGCGGGCGAUGCAGGCCGACUUGAUGCGUACAACCCCAUGGUGAGCAUGGACGAGUUGGAAGAUAUACUAGGUAUCGAGCGCUUUGAAGAAGAAAUUGCCGAAAAGCAUGGUCGUCCCGGUGUUGUCACUGGACUUGUCGCGUAUUCCACUGGAGGUCAAGGCAGCAUUCUAUUCAUCGAGGUUGCAGACAUGCCGGGCAACGGCCGGGUCCAGCUCACUGGAAAGCUAGGUGACGUGCUGAAGGAGAGUGUGGAGGUGGCUCUGACAUGGGUGAAAGCCCAUGCGUUUGAGCUUGGACUGACUGCGGAUCCCACCGAGGAUAUCAUGAAGAACCGCAGCCUGCACGUCCACUGCCCGUCCGGAGCCAUCCCGAAGGAUGGCCCCUCGGCAGGCCUGGCACACACGAUGGGUCUGAUCUCGCUAUUCACCGGCAAGGCAGUACCUCCCAGUGUUGCCAUGACCGGCGAAGUGUCGCUCCGCGGCAAGGUGAUGCCUGUUGGCGGCAUCAAGGAGAAGCUGAUCGGUGCGCACCGCGCCGGCGUCAAGACCGUCCUCUUGCCCCAUCACAACCGCAAGGAUGUCAAGGACGUGCCGCAGGAGGUCAGCGAAGGACUUGAAAUUGUUUAUGUAACGCAUAUCUGGGAAGCUAUCCGACAGGUGUGGCCAGAUGCCCACUGGCCUGGUCAGCAUACCAACUUCAUCGAGAGCCGGCUGUAA